AUGAGGAGGAGGAGAGAGGAGUGUGACCAGAGGAGGAAGAGGAGGAGCUGCGAAACAGGCGCUCCCAGCCACCCCCACGUGGUGAAGACGGCCUCCAUCGGGACCCUGGGCCGGACGCGGACCCCGAUGAUCGUGACGGUGCCCAACGCCCCGGACGUCCCGGAGACCAGCCGGAUGUUGGAGGACGUGGACAGUAGCUACGAACCCGACGAGCUGACGGAGGAGAUGGCCCACCUGGAGGGCCUCAUGAAAGACCUGAACGCAAUCACCACCGCGCCCUAG